AUGGUGGAGCAGGCUAAAGCCACCACGACCAGCGCCUACACGAGACGUGAGAUCAACUUGAGCCUGCAGAACGUGAGCACCAUGAUGCUGUUGCACUUUGCCGAGAGAGAGGGCGUCGACUCGGUCUUUGGGUGCACCAGCGAGUGUCUCAACUCGAACAUCACGUGUCUGGGUGUUACAUACUCACCUUCAUCGCACCUCUGUAAACUAGGCUCUUGGAUGGUGCCAACCAACGCCACUAGCCAGCCGGUGGACACCGAGAUUUUCUUUAGCGGUCCAUUCUGUAACACAAGGGACAAUAUCACACUGGACAGUAGCGGGAAUAUAUCGCAUUGUGAUUUAAGGGGUUGCCAAGAUGAAAAAGUGUACACGUCUUGUCGUGACGUAGUCAGCACCGAGCCCAGGGUAGUGGUCAAACUGGCGUCUGGGGUGGUUGUCAUGUGCGACACAGCCACUGACCAGGGCGGCUGGACCAUCAUCCAGAAAAGAGUAAACGGUACCAUCAACUUCCAGCGGAACUGGACGGACUACAAGAACGGGUUCGGGGACUACGGCCUGCAAGAGUUCUACCUGGGGAAUGAGAACAUCUACUGCAUGACGUCCAAGAGAAACUACGAGCUGCGGAUAGACAUGACGUUCAGUGGACAAAGCUACUACGCCAAGUACUCCAACUUUAGUGUCUCCAGCGAGGCUGGUGCCUACCUGCUGUCUGUCGCCGGCUACACAGGAACUGCCAUGGAUUCUCUCGCCGUGUCACACAGCGGGUACAAGUUCAGCACACCGGAAACAGACAACGACGGUCAGCCGAUGACCAACUGUGCCAGCAUCAACAAGGGAGGCUGGUGGUACGGCGGUAUCAACUGCUGCACCUCCAACCUAAACGGCCAGUACGGUGGGCCAACGUUGGGCGGGUUGGUGUGGACACCCCUGACCAUGGCGUCAACCCUUGCUAACUGCGAGAUGAAAAUUAGACCAGUUUUGUAG